AUGGCUUACGUUCAGCAUAACGGGGAGGAUAAUUUUCAAAUAGGACAAAGUGAUAAUCGUGAGGUCAGGAAUACUAUAACUGAUUCACAAUUUCCAAGUCACUACGUUUCCUCUCAUUGGCCAUUUCAACAAUCGACUGAUGCCAUGAGCCAGAACAGUUGGAGUCUCGCUUCAGAACAGAGUAGUUUCUCUACCAGUCAGCCUUCAAAGGACUUUGUACCCAAUCGUAGUGGUCACACGUUGGGAGUUCAUCAAGCGCAAAUCCCGGAAAUUGGUCAGCAUAAUUACCAGAUCUAUCCGUCUACUAGCAUCAACGCUGAGGUAUCCCAGAGCAGUACGCCUUCAAUUGAUCCGCUCAAACCUCUUGGUCCUCCUCCCAUGACAGACGAGGAAGCAGAUAUGAUCAUAAUGGCAUUAAGCUCCCAGAAUUCUCCACCUUUCUUCCAAGCCCGUGGACAUGCGAUUAGUCCACGCGAUCCAAGUUGGAUGAAUUCCCGUCUCAAAAUGUGUUUUCCAGCGAACAGAAAUGCCCCUAAUCCCGUCCGUAACUUCGCUCAUGAGUAUCCACAGUUCGAACCGUCUUCAUCAUCAACAGUCGAUCAGAUAAAUUUUGAUGAUCCGAGACAUCCUGGGUUAUCUCAGAACUUGAGCAUGAGCUGUUCAAAAAUCUGGGGUUACGAGGACCAAUUUCUCAGUGCCCAAGCGGAUCGCCACCAAGAAGCUCCCGCUCUGACGACGAAUCUGCCUGCUGGAGCACCGUCAACCACUGAGAAGUGUCUAUCUAUGCGUCAACAACAUGGACAGUACUCAAUGUCCAGCCGUAGCUCACUCUGCGACUCUGACACUAAUUCUUUCCGUGCUGGUCCAGCCGAUCAUUCCUCCUUGCAGCAUGAUAUCAAGACACCAACAGACAAUCGAUCUUACUGGCAUCGCCUGGAUGACUCAGGCGUCAAUGCAACACAUGGAACAACAAUGCUUUCUUCUAGGCGACCAUCAAGGAAUUACACUGACCACGAGAACCAAAAAGCCUCCUUGCCGACAAUGGCCACACAAAAGAAAAUACUCAAACUGAAACGCCAAAAGAUGGGGUGCUCAAGAAAUUAUUUUAGAACGCUACGCCAAAAUCGAUUUAAGAGUAUCUGUUUAACAGUUCCAAAGGAAGGCUCGAAGACCGAUAUGGGCCAGACUGAUGAGCUGAUAAUCUCUCAGGAGGAUAUCAACUAUUUCUUUGACGGAGAGCUGGCCAACUGUAUUGACAAAGAGAAAGUUGUGGCGAGCGAAUUUGAAGAGGAAAGCGGGAAGACCUUCACAAAACUUCAAAGUAAAUAUAGCAUGAAUCAAGCUCAACCGCAAUCCACCCAGGAAGAUACACUUUCACCAUCUCCCAAAAAUUAUUUGAUGGGACGUUUUGAUCAGGGUAAAAGAAGACUUACUUGGAUUUCAGCUACUGAGCCGACUGAAGAAGGAAGUAUUCGCCCCUUGGACCUUGACCAAUGUUUUCUAUACAGAUGUCUGAAAGUUCCUCUAUCAACAAUGAAGGAAAGGCCGCUAACCCAAGCGCGAGAAACGAGACAGGAAAAACGGACCAAAGAUGACAAGGACACUUUGAGGACCUAUGCUGCAUCGAGAUAUGAAAGGGUGUCAAACAAUGUUUUCUGCGGUAGUUUGGUUACAGACCGUGAUUAUAGAGGAUACCGUUGUACAAGACAUGGUGAUAAUUUCAGGGCAAGUAGAAACGAACAAGGCAAAGCAAGGAAGAAUAAUCGUUAG